AAGGGUAUGGUUUUUCUGGCUUUUUGAAGUUCAGUUAUUAGCCCUAUUUAUAUUGGUUAUCUGCUUGGAGUUUGUUUUUUGGUGGGAUUAUUGAGAUUUGGAAUUUGAGUAUUUGAGUACCCAUUUUAGGGGGUUUUGGAACAGUUGAGUAUAUGUGAAUAGUAUUUAAAGAAUUGCUUGAGCUUUCUUAUUGUUUUGGUUAGUUUGGUUUGAAGCAUAGAUACAUGGAUAACUCGAAUAUGUCAAAAAAUAGGCCGAAUGAGUACCUGGGUGUGAACAAGAUUGGGAAAAACAUACGAAAGAGUCCAUUGCACCAACCUAAUUUUGUUAAUAAUAGUGCUAAUAACAAUAAUAACCCAGCAAGGCAGCAACCACAACCCCAGGUGUAUAAUAUUAGCAAGAGUGAUUUCAGGAGCAUUGUUCAGCAGUUGACGGGUUCCCCUUCACGGCAAGAUCCUUUGCCAAGACCGCCUAAUAAUCCCCCUAAGCACCCAAGUAUGCGGCUUCAACGCAUUAGACCUCCCCCGUUAACUCCUAUCAAUCGCCCUCCAAUGCCUCCUGUGGUUGCAGCUCCAGCUCCUAUGCAAAUGCAACCCCCGCCACAGGGACCUCCUAUGCCUCAAGUUCCUUUCAAUAAUAGACCACCGCCUCAUUUUGGACAGCGAUCUCCUAGAGGGAUGCAGUCAUUUGCUCCUGGUGAUGGAGCUUGGACAAAUCCAGCACUCUCUCCUAUAUCGGCCUAUAUGCAGCAACUGCAAAGUUGCAUUGGUGAUGGAGGUUUUAGGCCAAAUCAGAUGCAACAGCAACCACAAAUGCCAGGACAGUUUCAAGCUCAAUAUCAGAUGCAGCCACAAGCUCCUGGACAGUUUCAAGCUCAACCUCAGAGGCAGCCACAAGUUCCUGGACAUUUUCAAACUCAACCUCAACCUCCUGCGCAUCAACAAAUUCCUGGGCAAGUCCAGGCACAACCACCUUCUCCUGGCUUGCUUCCUAACCCGAACAUGCCACCAUUGCCUUCACCAGGAACAAACGGUCCUGCCCUUUUGCCGUCGCCAACUUCCCAGUUCUUGUUACCUUCACCAAGUUUCUUUAACAUGUUGUCUCCAACAUCUAGGUCACCGUAUCCUCUCCUUUCACCUGGAAGUCAGUUUCCACCUCCACUGAGUCCAAAUUUUGCAUUUUCACCGAUGGGCCAAUCUGGGAUUUUGGGUCCAGGCCCUCAGCCACCACUUUCUCCAGGAUAUGUAUUUCCUCCAUCACCUUCUGGUCUUUUUCCCAUCUCAAGCCCAAGAUGGAGGGAUCCUAGUUUCUAGAACCAGUGAAUGAUUUGUCAGUUGGCUGCAGCAUGAGUUGUUAGGAUGCAGGCACAUAUCCUUCUUUGUGGGAUUUAUUUGUUUGUUGUACGUGAGACAACCUGUACAAUCUGAUCUUAGUUGUUCAGUGGAGAUUAUAGCUUUUCCAUAGCCCUUUGUCCAUACUGAUUAUUAUGAACUUAAGAGAAGUGGGAUAUCUGCUGCAAGAUGUUUCUCUGGCAAAAAGCCUUCUUCGUGGUUGCUCUGGUCUCAUCAAGCAAAUACCAGCAAUAUUGGCCGAGGAAGAUGAAAGAGUACCACGAUGUCAAGCAGUUAUUACAACCACUCAAGACUAUACUAUGUAAGCAAUCUAGUCAACAGCUUAGCAUACCUUCAUUGUUCUUUGGUUUCUUUUAGUGGGUGACCUGUUUUUAAUAUCCAUAUCAUGUAGAACAAUAAGCAAUUUCAGAUUUUUGCCAGUUGCCUAGGCAUCAUGGUGUCUUUGCUUCUGUAUAGCUAAUUCAAUGUCCAUAGAAUCUAAUAUGAAUGUUUUUUUGGGAGUCCAUUCCCUGAUAUUGUGUUUGAAAUAAAAAAUAAGCAAACUUAUUUUCUUA